GGCUAGCUGGAGAGUGAGUGAAGACGGCCCGCUCUGCCCAGCCUGGCUGACUGAGGGGCACAGGGCACGGCAGAGUCCAGGGCAGGCUGGGGACGCGGUUGGCACCCGGUGCUCCUUGGCCCUCCCGUGGACGGCUAAGACGACCUUUCCACCAAGCUUGGGACUGCUGAGCGCUGGCUCUGAGGAGCCAUGAGCACACAGGGUCCUAGCCUCCUGGCCUUCCUCACAGCUCCUGUCACUCCGGGCAGCCCCACAGAGGUGGCUGACCCCCUCCCCAUGCUCAUCGUCCUUGCCUGCAUCUUCCUCCUGCUGGCCAGCUGUCUGCUGUUCAUGACCCUCUGCAGACCAGCCGCGCUGGACCCGGCCCAGCGCCGGGCUCGGGAGUGCAUGCCCCACCACCCUGGGAGCUCCAGCGAGCCGCAGCUCAGGCUCUGGAAGCGCCUGGGCUCUCUGCGCCACUCCCUGCACAGCUUCCGCCGGGGCAGGCCUGCUCCCCGACGCCCCCUGCCAGGCUGCGAUGUCACCCACGAUUGCGACUGCACGGAAUCCACCAAGAUGUGAUGGGGCGGCUCCGGCCUCCCGGACCCAGCCACGGACCCUCCUGCCUCGGACAGAGCCCGGAACCAGGGGCUGCGGACAGACGCGGGCCACACGCUCAGCCCCAGUGGUCCUCUCUGUGCCCAGGCCCGUGGCCUUUCCCAGACACAGCCCUGGGAGGAGGACCUGCCUCUCUGCAGACCCUCCAGCUGCUGCCUGCUGAAAGACGGCUGGGCCGACUGCGCGGCCGGAGGGUGUGAACUGCAGCCCCCGGUACCCUCCUCCGGCAACCAGGCACCAGCCACCUCCGGGAAGCAGUGCCCCUGCUCCCCAGCAGAAGUCCUGCUCACCCUCCAGGUGCCAAAGCCCAGCGUGGAUUCCAGUUUGACUUGCCAAAUGGCCAAAGGUUCCCUCCAGCCAACGGAAAUACUCGGCCCACAUGGGGGGCAAGGUACUGUCUUGCCCUCUGUGCCAACUCAGUGCCCGAGGCAAGAGGAAAGCCAGGGACUUCUCUCCUUGGAAUUCCUGGGCCCCACCAGCAUUCGCCUGAUAAUCCCCAGGCGCAGCCAGCACCCUUGUGGUGGGUGAGAUGCCCGGUGCCCGUUGGGAGGAGGGCAAGCAGGAGGCUCUCACCACUACCCAGCUCAUUGCCAUCUUGGCGCCCGCCCCCCCCCCCCCGAAGGUGCUGACGUUGUUACAGUGGACCAGGAAGGGGCUGAGAAUGGGUUAAGGAGCUCCUUGAGAGGCCAGGAGCCGUGCUGUGUCAGAGUGGUGGGAGGCAAUGCCAGAAGCUAGACGUGAUGCCACCUGGGCUCUGAGGACACAUCAUAGUGCUCCUGCCUCAUGCAGGGCAGGAGGCAUCCUCCCUUUGGGGUAGGAGGAUCCAGACCUCUCCAGGACAGCACCUCAAACCUGGAGCACACUAGGUCUGCUCUCUGAGUUUCUGGCAAUUGCGUCAUUGACUGGCUACCUGCCAAAGCAAUCCCACCCUAGAGUGGACUUCUCAGCAUUCCAAACCCCCAAACUCUCCCCACAGGGCCGUGACUCUGGGUCCCAGACUUGGAGAGUAGGCAGAAGGGUUCUGAGCUGCCUACCUCCUGCCCCAGAGAGUCAGCUGGCCAGGGCCACCUGGUGCCCAGCCACAGGGCUGCCCCAGCCCCCCUGCUGUGACUCACGGUG